AUGGACAACCAUCGCCGCCACAAACCCAGUUCCUCCGGCGACAAUUUCACUUUUCCGGCAAUGUCACCCGAUAUCGAACUCGAAUCCGAAUUAGCCGAUCACCUCUUUUCGAACGGCAAAUUCCUCCUCCACACUUUCCCUCUUCAACCGCGAAGCUUAACGAGUUGUACCUUUUCGAGAACCAGCAGUAUCAGUAGUAAAGAUUCAUUGGUGUCUUCUCGGAGCAACAGUACGAACAGUCGAAGCAGCACCAGCACCAGCAGCAGCGCCAGAAGCAGCACCAGUGAAGCUUCUUCCAUCGGAGCUGCCAUGAGAACCAGCGUGUUUCCUGAAAGGGAAAGUCGAAGUCCAGUUCACUAUUGUAACAAUUACUAUUAUCUCCCUGCUCAAAGGUGGCAGUUCAUGGCGGCGGUUCCGGUGCUGAACCGCCGGAGUUCCCAGAAAAGGAGAGGUCAAGAUGAGAGACGGAAUGGGUCGCCGGAGAAGGAGAAAUGUAGUCGGAGAAAAGGGUGUUGCCGGAAGUUUUUCCGGUGGCUUGUUUCAACAUGUAAAGAGUGUCAUGCUAUGGAGCCUUCUAAGAAUGAGUUUUGA